GAAAACUUGGUCAACAAGCCGCCAGAGAGGAGCUCUCAGCCCGGGACUUGUUCUCAGUUUGUACCGCGGAUUAUCUGUUCAUCGUUACACAACUCGAGUGCGGCCGGUGGAAGCGGAGCUGAGAGAUGCCGCUUCUCCACAGGAAAGCCUUCAUCCGACAGAGACCUCCGGCGGACCUGCGGCCGGACGAGGAAGUCUUCCUCUGUAAAAUCACUCACGAAAUCUUCAGGACCUACGAUGAGUUCUUUGAGAGGACCAUCCUGUGCAACAGUCUGGUGUGGAGUUGUGCUCUGACGGGUCGAGCGGGCUUGACUUACCUGGAGGCGGUGGACAGCGAGCGGCGGGCGAAGCAGAGUCUUCAGAGUUUCCCUCAGUCUCUGGUGGUGCCUCUACUCCACCUGGCUGCUCUGAGCCGACGCUGCAGACUGACGGAGCUCUGCGAGGACGUCUACACCUUCGUCAAAGACCGAUUCUUCCCAGGAGAGAAGGUGGACGUUGUGGGACGCAAUGGAGCCAGACAUGUGUGUGAGAUCCUGCAGGUUCAUUCUCCUCAUUCCAGCGCUAACGGAGCGCCAUCUGCUAAUGGCCACACCAAGACGUCCGAUGGCAGCACAAUCGUCAUCAGCGACAGCGACGAUGAGAGCGCCGCCUUCCAGAGUCCCACGGCACACGUCAACGGCAGGAAGAAGAAGAAGCCUCUGAGUCCGUCAGUGUUUAAAUACACAGUGAGGAUGAUGAAGGAUGAACACAGCGAGCCGUUCACUGUCAAAGCCAAUCAGAUCAGUCGUAGGAAGACGACUCUGUCCAGAGAGAGACUGAAGCUGCUCUUCAAACAACACUGUGAACCUCAGAACGGGACCAUCGCACUCAAGCCCUCCACAGUGAUGAAGUACCAGCUGUCUGAACACACCUUCUCUCAGUUCUUCCCUGAUGACCCCCCGCUGUUCCCCUUCAGCCCCCCCUCUAAAGGCGGAGGGCGUGGCUCACCUGGACAGGCCAGUUCGUCGUUGCUGAAGGCGGCGGAGGAGAAGCUGAAGCUGCUGCAGCAGAGGGAGGAGAUGGCUGCUGCAUCUCUGGACAAAGCUCGACUGAAGAAGGAGAAGGAGGAGGCGCAGGAGGCCAAGAGGAAGGAGAGGGAGGACAAGGAGAAGAUGAAGGAGGAGCAGAGGAGGAGGUUUGAGGAGGAGAAGCAGAGGAGGAGGGAGGAGAAGGAGCGCAGGAAGCUGGAGAAGGAGAGGGAACGAGAGAAGCUGAAGGAGGAGAAGAAGAAAUACGCCGAACGGCUGAAACUGUGGAACAAACCCAGAGAAGACAUGGAGUGUGAAGACCUGAAGGAGCUUCCCAGUCCGAUUCCAGUGAGAACUCGCCUUCCAUCAGAGCUUUUUGGAGAAGCUCUGAUGGUUCUGGAGUUCCUGCGUGCCUUCGGGGAGGUCUACGACCUGAAGGACGAGUUCCCUGAUGGAAUCUCUCUGGAGAUUCUAGAGGAGGCUCUGGUGGGUUCUGAUCCUGAAGGUCCUCUGUGUGAGCUGCUGUUCUUCUUCCUGACCGCCAUCUUUCAGGCUCUGGAUGAGGAGCAGGAGGAGGUGGCCAAAGACCAGGCUGAAGGUGACGUACAGAGAACCGGCCAAAGCCUCCUCACUAGGCUGGACCUGUCGGAGGCUCUGGACGACGACUCUGAUGCCACGCAGUCGGCUCUGAGCGCUGUUGCCUCAUUGGCUGCGGCUUGGCCACAGCUGCAUCAGGGCUGCAGUCUGAAGCAGCUGGACCUGGACAGCUGCACGCUGUCCGAAAUCCUGCGGCUGCAUAUCCUGGCGUCCGGCGCCGACUGUAACCAUGGCAACGCCAAGCUCCGCUACCAGAAGCAGGGUGGAUUCACUCUGAUGGAUGACACGUGUGUCGAGCUGCGAUUGGCUGAGCCGGCGCUGCUGAAGCGACUGUCGUGCACAGCGGUGUACGACCUGACGCCCGGGGAGAAGCUGAGGAUCCUGCAGGCUCUGGUGGGGAAACUGCUGACUCUGGCAUCCAGCAGAGAUCUGAUUGAAGACUGUGUGGAGGAGCAGAGAGCUGCCAAACAGGAACUGAGAGAGAUCAGAGCUGAACAACACCGCAGAGAGAGAGAGGAGGCCGCACACAGGGUUCGUCUUCGUAAAGAGGAGAAGCUCAGGGAGCAGGAGCAGAGGCUGAAGGAGAAGGAGGAGAAACUGAAGGAACAGGAGGCGAAGGGAGGACUCCAGCCAAACAGUGAGACUCCUGAUCAACAACACUCUGAGGAAGACGAGGAGAAAAAGUCUUCAUCCAACAGCAAGAAGAUGAUGAAAGCUAAAGUCAACCAGAAAGAAAAACAGCAGCAGCAGCAACAGACGACCUCUGACCCCAAAGCCCCGUUCUGCCCCCCCACCAGCCUGACAGCAGAGGAGCUGGAGAAAGAACAGGAGAAGGUUCGAGAGCUGCAGGAGCGGAUCCAAAAGGCGGCGGCCUGCACCUGCCUGCUGCCUCUGGGCAGAGACCGGCUAUACCGCCGAUACUGGCUCCUCCCCUCAGCCUCUGCUCUGUUUGUGGAGGACGACUGCUUCGGCCUGACGGAGGACAUGCUGCAUCCACGCCCAAAACCUGUACAGGACACCACGACCAAGAUGGAGGAGGAGGUCGUCAAGGAAGAGGCAGCCGAGGGAAACACUGGCUCAAGCCCCACCCCCCUCCAUACCUGCGGCGCGCCAGCCACCCGUCCCAACCAAUGGUCUUUCUACAGCUCGCUGGAGGAGGUGGAUCAGCUGAUUGAGGCUCUGAACCCACGAGGUCACAGAGAGAGCAGCCUGAAGGAGGCGCUGCUGCAGGAGAGAGAGAGGCUGCAACAGCUGCUGCAGAGCUGUGACAGGAACAAAUACAGGCACUCAGAUGAUCCGGAGUCGUCCCAGUCUGUCCCAGAAUGCACUGCAGCAGCUGAGACUCUUAUGGAGGUUAGACUGAGAGACCUGCUACUGGACAUUGAAGACCGCAUCCACCAGGGAACUCUGGGAACUCUGAAGGUGAUGGACAGACAGGUGUGGCGCUCAGCACUGGAAGCAGGAAACUACGAGCUGCUGUGUUCUGACGGCAGAGAGAACGGAGGGAUGAACGGACGAGUGGAGGCCAUGGAGGUGGACUCCGGUCAGACGAGAGCCAGAGACAGGCUCCAGGAGCUGAAGUCGGACAGCACGGCGGCCUGUGGGACCAGCGGCAGUGGGACUCCGCAGGUUGUCAGCAGCUCGGUACGAAUCCUGGCUCAGGCCCUCGCUCACAUCGAGCAAGGCAUCGAGAGACGUUUCCUCAAAGCUCCGCUGGGUGAGGAAGACUCAAAGAAAGACCAGAAGAUGAAGAAGAACAAGAAGAAAGACGAGGACCAGGCCAGUGAUGACGGCAGUGACAGCGGUCGCGUCUCUAAGACGGUGUUGGAGCGAUGGAGGGAGUCUCUGCAGUCCUGCUCCAGUCUGUCUCAGGUGUUUGUCCAUCUGUCCAGUCUGGAACGAAGCGUCCUCUGGUCUCGCUCCGUCCUCAACGCCCGCUGUCGCAUCUGCAGACGCAAGGGAGACGCGGACAACAUGCUGCUGUGUGACAACUGUGACCGAGGACACCACACCCACUGCCUGAGGCCCCGCCUCAAGUCGGUUCCAGAGGGCGACUGGUUCUGUCCGGACUGUCGACCCAAACAGAGAUCCAGCCGUGUCCCGUCCCGUCAGCGCUCCUCUAUCGAUGAAGAGGAGGAGAAUGACGAGGAGGAAGAGGAGGAGGAAGAGUCUGAGGAGGAAGAGGAGGAGUCAGAAGAAGAGGAGGAGUCAGAAGAGGAGGAUGAAGAAUGCGUAGUGAGCACCAAGAAGAGCCAGGCCCCGCCCCCUAAAGGGAAGAGCCAACAGACCACACCCAAAAACAACGCCGCUGCCGCUGGGAAAACUUCAUCAGCUUCCAAGUCCUCAGGUAAAAAGGCCACGCCUCCUACAUCGAAGGCCAACAUGGUGUCCGGCGGUAAAGCUCCACCUCGCUCCGGGAAUCGGAACAGCGCCCGUCUGAGCCAUGAGAUCCUGGCACCAAAUGGCAACACGAAAACCUCACCUGGUCAGACCGAGUCCCGAAAGAGAGUGUUGACAGACACUGCUCCUCCUCCUAAACCCUCGAGACCUGUCCUCCCCCCUGCUUCCACCUCCUCCUCCUCUUCCGCCUCCAGCCGACGCUCCUCCGGGAGGAACCAUGGCGUCCAUGAGCUGUCGGCCUGUGAACAGCUGACGGUGGAGCUCGUCAGACAUGAGGACAGCUGGCCCUUCAUGAAGCUGGUGUCCAGGACUCAGGUGCCUGACUACUAUGACAUCAUCAAGAAGCCAAUCGCUCUCAGCACCAUAAGAGAGAAAGUCAACAACUGUGAAUAUCAGACUGCAGGUGAGUACAUCUCAGACGUGGAGCUGAUGUUCUCCAACUGUCUUCAGUACAACCCUCGUCACACUAACGAGGCGAAGGCCGGUCACCGCCUGCAGCAGUUCUUCCACUCGGAGCUCAGCAGACUAGGCCUUCUGGAGCGCGGCUCCACCCCUCCCGCCAAGCGCUCUAGACACUGAACCAAACACUGAACCAAACACACCCUCUGACCUCACUACCGUCCACUCUGCUGCAUUCUGAUUGGUCCAGGAGUUGGAAGUGGGCAGGAUGUAGAAGCUGUGAUUGUUCCCCUCCUGAUGGACUGACAGGCAUUGAUACGAAUCCAGGAUUGCUCCUUCGUGACCUCUGACCCCAGAGGAGCUGUCCGCCACAAUUUGAGUGAAACGUUUCAUCAGUGUGUCGUCCACAAACACACACACACAAAAGUUUCCAGCUGAGUGUAAAGAGACAGCCGGGGUCAAAGGUCAUGAAGUCCAACAUCAGAUUAAUAUUAAAACCAGUUCAUGUUACACACACAGAGCUUGUUUUGAUUAAACUUCACCUGAGACAGACUGUUACCAGUUUGUGCUGUGAGCUUCACCCCCUCACCUGCUCACCCCCUCACCUGCUCACCCUCUCACCUGAUCAGGAGCAGAGCUGCAGCUACUGUGAGUUCAUCAACCUGUAGAGACGUUGUGUAGUUUUCCUCCGACCUGCUGACGUUCAGGGCAUUUAUCUGAUUUAUCUGCGGUCAGACGGGGGACAUGUAGCACAGAGACAUUCCCGUGGUGCUGUAGGACAGUAGAGUUCGUAGAGUCCCAGCAGUUUUCAUCUGAUGCUUCCUUUUAUCCGGAAAAGCAAAAACCACUAGAGAAACUUCAGCUUUGCACUGAUAAUUAAAAGAAGUCAAAUCAGGCCGUUCGUGUUUGCUCAGGGACAAAAUUUUUGAUUUGAAUGAAAAAUAUUUUGUAACAGUGCAGCUGGUUUAUACUGAAGCAGAGCGGCCGCGGCAGCUACAGGUGUUUCAGGCUCAUUAUCGAAUCUACAUGGACGUCUGAGGCUGCCAAAGCUAAAGUGAACUCAUUUAACAAACUGAAAUCUAAUUGUUGGUCUGUGUGUUCGAUGUUUCAUUAUAAUUUCAAUCUAAAAUCCAGUUAAAGUUCAUGUUUGAAAAUGCAUCAUUGCUAAAAAAAAAAAAAAAAAAAAGAUGUCUUCAGUGACAGACUCACAAUGUGCAUCAA